GACACAACGAAUAUUGGGCACAGAGUCCGGCGCACUUCGUGGGGGCUUGGUCAAACCUCCAGCUGGGGGGCCGCAACCCAGGUGUGGGCGGGGCAGGUGAAGAACCAGGUGGUGAAGCGGAGAGGAGUGACUCUCGAGUACCCGGAUGUCAGCUCCGCAGGACAGCCACCGGAGAACCGGAGCAGGUUCACAGAGACGAGGAAACACGCUUACAGUUUGAAUGGAGAGCAGCAGCAGACGCUUUGCAUACGUCUUCAUCUGCAUGGUGGGAGCAGUGACAAUACUCCUCGUCUACCUGGACCCGGACUGGGGCUUUGAGAGCAGGGACGCACCAGCACCAGCAUCACUGGCAGCUCCAGCAUGGAAGGAUCCUGGGCCCUAUUACGUGGCCUACCCAGGAAACUACAAAUUCAUCAUGGACGACACCCAGACGUGUAAAACCACCAGUCCUUUCCUGCUCCUGGUGGUCCCGGUGGCCCCUGGGGGUGUGGCAGCUCGGGACACCAUCCGGAGGACGUGGGGGAGUGAGAAACUGGUUCUGGGUCAGCGGGUGGAGACUCUCUUCGUACUGGGCCUACCUUCAGGAGCUGAUGCCGAGCAGCAGCAGGAGAAGCUCCAACAGGAAAACCUGCAGCACCAGGACCUGAUCCAGAGUAACUUCAAGGACGGCUACCACAAUCUGACCAUCAAGACGAUGGUGACACUGGAGUGGUUGGUUGCGCGCUGCGACAAGCUUUCCUACGUCAUGAAGAUUGACGCCGAUAUGUUGCUGCACGUCCAGAAUUUGGUUAAACUGUUACUGGAUCCCAGCACGGCCAAACAGAACUACAUGACAGGUUUGGUGUGGUGGCACAGCCCGGUCUUGAGAAACCCGUUCAACAAGUUCUACAUGCCGAGAUAUGUGAUUGCUGAGCCGGAGUACCCGCCGUAUCCUCUGGGCAUGGCCUACGUCAUGUCCCUGGACCUGCCUGCCAAGAUCCUGGCAGCCGCCCCUCACAUUAAGCCCAUCUUCAUCGAGGACGCCUACCUGGGUAUGUGCCUGAAACACCAUGGCCUUUCUCCCACCAACGCUCCUGAAAGCACCAUGUUCAUGGUGGACCCCAGGCAUCCUCUGAGCGACUGCAGCCUCUCCAGAGUGAUCGCUGCGACCACCACCAGCAUCCCACAGAUGACCAGUUACUGGGAGAGGAGCAGGGGGGCUACAUGUUGAACUGUGUCAGGUUUGAAAACUCUGAAUAGUUUUGAGUUUUUAGACACAGAUGUUUUUCAAAGUGUGUUUUGCCUCCUUAGUGGGCGUGUGCCGUGGCAUGAGGAUGCCUUAAGAAACUCAUCUUUUGUUCUGAGCGCUAAACCCUUCACAUGUCUUUCUGUCCCCACAGGAAGAGGAGAGCAACACUCUUUAAACAUGCUGUUGUUAUUUGCAUUAAACAAUGUCUGAGAUAAAACAUCUUGUAAUAAAUCAACUGUUUGAAUGGAUUAUAAAGAGCUUGCUAGAGCUGC